AGGCAAUAGAGGUGUUAAUUUGGCUGUUUCAGUUAUGACAUUUACGCCGAAAACGUUUUGCAGUCAUGAAUAAAUUUCCUGUUAGCCCCGGUAAAAUAGGAGCUGGGAUUGAACUAAGACCUGCGGACCUGCGGAAGAAAGCUCUGGGCGUGCACACGGGUGGCCCACCGCUGCCCAUUGCCCCGCCAGCACCCGUUGGGCUCGGAACACUCGGUGAAGAUGACGAACUUGCUGACGGCGCUGUGCCGUCGUCUUGUGGCGACAUGUCAGCUGGCGCGUUCGCGGUGCCUAAAUCAAGGCCGCCUGUAGCGCUUGGGAGCUGGGCAGCGUACUGGGACAAAAGGAUGGAGGUGCAUUUGCCCGGCAGGGGCGGCACCUUUAACGUCUAUGUGGCUGGCACUGAGGGGCCCAUUGUGAUGUGUGUGCACGGAGGCGGCUACAGCGGCCUGACCUGGUCCCUGGUGGCCAAGCGGCUCAAAGACAAGUAUCGCGUAGUGGCGCCCGACAUGCGCGGUCACGGACUGACCUCCACAAACAACGACACGGAUUUUUCAAAGGAGACGAUGUCGGAGGACAUCAUCGCAAUAUGGGACUACAUGUUUCGCGGCAGCGGAGGUCACCCCGCGGGAAUUCUCGUGGGCCACAGUAUGGGCGGUGGCCUGGCGGUGUGGGCAGCUGCCGCGAAGCGUGUCAAGUGGCUUGAGGGAGUCGUGGUCAUUGACGUGGUGGAAGGCACGGCGCUGGCCGCGCUGCCACACAUGAUGAACAUUUUAGCGGGCCGGCCCGCGUCCUUUCGGUCGGUUGAGGAGGCAGUGACGUGGGCAGUCCGCAGCGGCAUGUCCCGCAACAAGGAGGCCGCUGCAGUGUCCAUGCCUAGCCAACUCGUGGAGAAGCCUCUAGGCGACCCGGGCGGAGGCGGCGAGGGACCGCGACAGUGGACCUGGCGCACACCCCUGGAGCUUAGCCGACCCUAUUGGGAAGGCUGGUACACAGGUCUGUCGGAGGCUUUCCUGCAGCUGCCGUGUCCUAAAGCGUUGCUACUGGCUGGCACCGACCGCCUCGACCGCGCCCUUACAAUCGGACAGAUGCAGGGGAAAUUCCAGCUGAUCCUCAUGCCUACUGCCGGUCAUGCCAUUCAUGAGGAUGAACCGGAUCGGGCGGCGGAGCAUCUUCUGGGUUUCUUGCGCCGCUUUAGGGUUGGGGAACCACCCUUACAAUUUCCGCGUGCGCCAGCAGGGGUUCGGACACUUUUGCCUGUUGUCGCCGGUCCCACACUUGGGGUCCCAUCAGGGCCGAAGUGAUUGAUCCGGCAGUACUGUGGGACAGGAUCAGGAGGCUGACUGAGUUUACUGCUGGACGAGCUAGAGUCGUGGUAUUAUCCCAUACAGUUGUUAGUCUCUCGUGCCUAAUUUAACCAUAUAAGUUUCCUGUUGUGCUCACAGAGGGUUAGUUGGGAUAGAUUUCGCAUGGUUGUACGGUCAUGGCAGCCUUGGGAGGCACACAUCCUCAGUUUCAUGUAAAAAUAUCAUCUC